CUUUGAGGAAGAAAGGAUGACUAUCUAUCAACGAAGCGGGAGGACACAUGAUCUUAAAAAUCUGUGGCGCUACAAAACUCCUUAACAAGACAGUGCCGGUAGUUGACCCGACUUCAUAAGUGUUUUUUGGUCGAGAGAGAGGGAAAUUGCAGUAUUUUUUUCGCCAAGUAAGAACUACUUUAAGCCUAAGCAAGCCGAAACUCUACGUCCUGCUCCUGUCCAUCUUUUCAGGCACAUCUUAUUCGCUGUAGAAGUAACUUGUCCAAUAUGCCCAACAUGACCAGGACGAUGGUGCCCGAGGACGCACGCCGCGAGCAGGAGGCGGCAAAUGCCGGGAAAAAGAUCAAGGAAAGCUACAACGGGGACGGGUACUAGGACGACUUUGCUUUUUGCUACGGCUACAUAUUUAUGCAAUACAAAUUUAGCCAUAGCCUCUAUGACUGGACGUACAAAAUGCAUGAUACAACUGAACUGAAAAAAAUAAAUGAUUUCCAACUACCGUUCAUAAUCAAAUUCAACCCAGCACGACCGUGUCCGGCGAAUACCACGUGCCUGAUGACGAAAAAACCGGCAGCGGUGGUUAUUCCAUCUCUCCGAACACGUAUCCGAUUCUGGUCCAGCCGCCCAUUAUUGCGGUCCAGCAGACUAUCCCGACGGCGCCCAUCCCCCGCCCGAAAAUUCAUGGAAAAGAGGACGACGUCUGCUGUGCUUGCGUGGAUCACUGCACGGCAGUCCCUUCGACCGAGACGCGGGAUAUAAGCACCAACAGCAUUUUGCGCAUCAAUUUUACCUACUGGGACCGGCACUGGUGCACCUGCGGCCCGCACCCGGGCGUCGCGGAGCAGGAUCAGCGCUGCCCGGAGGAGGUCAUUCAAGCGGCGAUUGUGAACUGCGGGGGGAAGCCGGUGAUCGAGUUGAAAGGGAACGCUGGAAACCACAACCAGCCCGGACGGCUGAUUGACGUGCGAAAGGAGUUGUCGCAGAUUUGGCACGCCUUUUUGGGACCCGAAGGGAAUCUGUACCGCCAUGUGCAGCAGAAGCAUUUGGACACCGGCACGGUCUGCAUGUUCCCGAUUGUCUUUCUCUACACACUCCUGCUGGUUCUCACCUGCGGCUUGUGUUGCCAGUCGUGCAAGAUUAAAAACAAACGGGUAAAAGCGUGGGAUCAGGACUUACGGAAGUGGCAGCUGGAAUUCAAUAAAGCCAUUUCCCCCUUUGGGCUCUUCGUGAAGACCCAAACCCACUGCUGGGUGACCAUCUCCUAUGACGGUGAUGGCCGGCCGCAGAAAAACCGCCAUUUUCGCCGUUGGAUCGCGUUGGCGUUGACCCCGGAGCAGAGCGCGCUGCUGGCGGGGGAACCCCACAUCAGCGGGGACGUAGAGGUGGAUUUGUGUUGCGGUGGGGUCAACGAACUAGCGCUGAGUAUGCACCCGCCCAAUGGAAUGCUGUUCUGA